CGAAGCAAUAACUAAUUCCCGCCAAUUUUCGAGUAUUACUCGAUUUAUUUUGGGGAAAACAUACAUUUUUGCGAAAUGGUUUCAACACCAGAGAAAGAUCGGUCCGACCAAAAGAGCAUUGCGUUGCCGGCCGACAAUGAGGAGUCACCAAGUAAACAGCAGGCGCCUGUCAAUCGGGAUGAGAUGAACUACUUGGAUCUUCUGAGACACAUCAUCGCAAAUGGAGAGCAGCGGAUGGACCGCACGGAGGUGGGCACUCUGUCCGUGUUCGGCAGUCAGAUGCGCUUCGACAUGCGGAACUCCUUUCCCCUGCUGACCACGAAGCGUGUCUUCUUCCGCGCGGUGGCCGAGGAGCUGCUGUGGUUCGUGGCGGGCAAGACGGAUGCCAAGCUGCUGCAGGCGAAGAAUGUGCACAUCUGGGAUGGGAACAGCUCCAGAGAAUUCCUGGACAAGAUGGGGUUCACGGGCCGAGCCGUUGGCGAUCUGGGCCCGGUGUACGGCUUCCAGUGGAGGCAUUUCGGGGCGCAGUACGGCACCUGCGACGAUGACUACAGCGGCAAGGGAAUCGACCAGCUGCGCCAGGUGAUCGACACCAUCAGGAAUAACCCCUCAGACCGACGCAUCAUCAUGUCGGCUUGGAAUCCGCUGGACAUCCCAAAGAUGGCCCUGCCGCCGUGCCACUGCUUGGCGCAGUUUUACGUCUCCGAGAAGCGCGGUGAGCUGUCGUGCCAGCUCUACCAGAGAAGCGCCGACAUGGGCCUGGGCGUACCCUUCAACAUCGCCUCCUACGCCCUGCUCACCCACAUGAUUGCCCAUGUGACGGGUCUGAAGCCGGGCGACUUUGUUCACACCAUGGGCGAUACACACGUCUACCUCAACCACGUAGAGCCGCUGAAGGAGCAACUGGAGCGCACACCGCGACCCUUUCCCAAGCUGAUCAUUAAACGUCAGGUGCAGGACAUCGAGGACUUCCGCUUCGAGGACUUUGAGAUAGUCGACUACAAUCCACAUCCAAAGAUCAAAAUGGAGAUGGCCGUGUAGGCGUCCUUGGGCAAGCAGAAUCUUCACAAAUAUCUUACUUUCGUUUCCAUUUUCAAAACGAAGGGAAGGAAUACUAAACUAAACGAAUAUUGUUAACCAUAUAUGUAUACAAUAAAUAUUAAUAAAGUCUUCACGAAAACAGUUUUUAAACACA